GGUCAGUCUAUCACCAUAACAGGACCAAGUACCUUUGAAACACCAACAUCAGAACUCAGAAUUACCUGUACACCAAGCUCAGCCGGUAUCUCAGAUAUCAAUGUCAUCACUCUCCUAAAAAUUUCUAGUUCUACAGAUUAUCAAACAGUAGUAUCUGUUGCCUAUAAUAAACCCACCUCAUCCUCAGUAAUAAGCUGGGGUAAUGCUGUCAGUCAGAGCAGGGCGGGGGUGUCAGCCACAGGAAAUGUGGACACGGUAUCUGGAGCUCAGAUUGUGUUUACAAUCGCCACAAAUAGGACAAACUGUAAUGAUGGCGGAGCUUACCAAUGUAAUAUGGGUGUAACUCUAGCAGGUGGUAGUGGUGGUGUAGCGACAGCUGAAAAAUAUAUCACAGCUAAAGUUCAACCGAUAUCCACUAACGACAUGACCGUGUUUCCCUUCCCCAAAUGUGGAGAGCGUAUAUUACUCCGUGGGAUCCUCACUAAUAUUCACUUGUACAGGCACUGUGGGAAGUGACAAAAAACCACACAUGGUGUUACAAGCGUGCCACUGAUCAAGGAUAUACUGGCUACCCAACUGCAGCUGACAUUAACCAGAAUGAUAACGGUUUGGUGACGUCCGGGUGUAACUACCAACGUACCAGUACACUUAUCUACAAUGUGAAAAAUGACGACACCAACACCACGUUUAUGUGUGAACCAUUCACUGGAACCGUGUGUGGCUCUAAUCCAGCCUCACUGAUAACAUACAAAUCCAUCAGAAGAUAUUCAUCAGGUGGAACAACAUGCGGUCAAGGUGAUACUGGAGAUGACGUCACACCUUGGAUCAUCGUCGCUGUUAUAUUCAUCAUUGCGACUGUUGUCCUUACUACCACUGUUGCCUACCUAUGUCGUAAAGUAUUAGAAUAUAAAGAUCGUUUACAUCAAAGCGUGAACUACGAGGUGGUGAACAGAGGAUUUUCAGGAAAUGAUGAGCACGUGUACAACACGUCGGACAAUUACGAAAUACCACAAAUAUAGACUAAACAAUGCAGCUACGAGGUGUGGAUAAUCGAGGGUACACAAACUAUCAAACUAAGUGUAUUACUGUUGUUGCCAAGGAUACAUAUACCAACAACUAAGUGUAUUACUGUUGUUUCCAAGGAUACACAUACCAACAAACUAAGUGUAUUUACUGCUGUAACCAUGGAUACACAUACCAAUAAACUAAGUGUACUACUGUUGUAACCAAGGAUACACAUAUCAACAAAUUAAGUGUAUUACUGUUGUAACCAAGGAUACACAUAUCAACAACUUAAGUAUAUUACUGUUGUUACCAAGGAUACACAUACCAACAUGCUUAGUGUAUUACUGUUGUAACAAGGAUACACAUACCAACAAACUAAGUGUAUUUACUGCUGUAACCAUGGAUACACAUACCACCAAACUAAGUGUACUUACUGCUGUAACCAAGGAUACACAUACCAACAAACUAAGUGUAUUACUGUUGUAACCGAGGAUACACAUACCAACAAACUAAGUGUAUUACUGUUGUAACCAAUUAUACAUAUAUCAACAAACUAAGUGUAUAACUUUGGUUGUAACCAAGGAUAAAAAUAACAUAAAAGUAUGUGUGUAAUUGUUAUUGUGGCCGAGGAUACACUUCGAAAACAAUAAUUCGGGACACCUGGACUCGACUGUCAAGUAAAAUGUAUGACAAUCCGAACCUUCCGCCUUUAAUCCUGUGACCUUGAAACUUUGUGAAAAUGAAUCUUUAAUUCAUCCCUUCAAAUGCAUAAAAUUUUACAAACAAAUGUCCCUUCAAACUAGGAAAUUGGGACUUUAUUGGGGUUUUUUUGGGAGGGGGGAUUCGCCACAUCUAAUAGGUGCACCAACCCCUGAAUUUUGAACCGUAAAACCUUAAACCUUUUCCACAAUAUAAUUAACAUGUAUCUUUUCGGUAAGUUCCAUAAAACCUCAUUUCUUAUUUCACUUAAAGCGCCCCUUAUGUGGCCUUUAAAGCCCUUUAUGUUGUGUUUACUUCAUGCAUUUCCAGUAAGGCAUAGAGCUUACCAAGUUUAAUUUUGAUUAACACAACUGUUUUUUUUAGUAAAUAACAUUGUUACAUUCUGCCCCUUUUCUGUCCCAUCCCUAUUUGACCAGUAAGGCACAUUUAGGUUUAAUACGGCUGCUGAUAACAUGCUGCCUGCCAAGUUCAAUUGAAAUACCUCCACUGACAUUUGAUAAUUCAAUUAAAGACGUUUUUUUUCUUA